UUGCGGGGUUUUUGCCGGAACAGGAAACCUCUCCGUGGGGCUCAGGCGUGCGGCUGGCAUUGGACGCCCGCCCUGUGGGGCAGGCAGGUGUGCGGCGUGUGCGCCUCGCAAGUGAUGGGACCCGGCGCGAGCGCCCCGGGGUAGUGCGGGCGAGGCUACGGGGCCCGGCCCGGGCAGCCAUGGGGCUCCUUCGGCUGCUGGUUCUGGCGGUGCUGGCGUCCGAACCCCGCGUGGCCGGUGGAGCCGAAACCGUCGGGAAUUCCAGCGAGGGUCUUCUUGAAUUUUACAUAGGGAAAUUUAGAUACUUCAAGCUCAACAGGCCCUCUCCAGAGGACGCCAUUUUGCGUCAUAUUUCGAGCAAUGCGUCUUUCCUUAUUUUCCAAAUACACUCACAGUAUCAGAAUACAACGAUUUCUUUUUCUAAGGAAACGGAGCUUGGAGAAAGGAACACGGACAUGACUAAUACUCUCCUUCACAAUACCUCAGGAACAGGCACUGACCGAGGACUGGUUUUCAUUCUUAGACCAGAGCAGAGUAUGUGCACUUGGCACUUGGAGACUUUAGAUGCUGAGCCUGUCCAAAACAUGGCCAUCCCACUCACCUAUUCAGAAAGAGAUCCUGUCCCUGGAGGCUGUAAUUUGGAGUUUGAUUUAAAUAUUGAUCCCAACAUUUACUUGGAAUAUAAUUUCUUUGAGACGACUAUUAAAUUUGCCCCAGCAAACCUAGGCUAUGCAAGAGGCACAAAUCCUCUGCCGUGUGACAUUGGGACGGGACGGGACUCUAGGUGGAGGUUGCUGUAUGAUGUCUAUCAGUAUUUUCUGCCCGAGAAUGACCUCACCCAAGAGGGGUUGCUAAAGCAUCUGCAGAGGAUGGCUGAGGUGCCUCAGGUGAAGGCCAGUGCUAUCAAGGUGGUUACCCUAACAGCUAAUGAUAGGACAAGUGUUUCCUUCUCCUCUCUCCGAGGACAAGGUGUCAUUUAUAAUGUCAUUGUCCGGGACCCACUUCUCAAUACAUCUGCUGCUUAUGUUCCUGCUCACACAUAUGCUUGCAGCUUUGAGGCCAAGGAGGGUAAUUGUUCUUCCCUUAGAAGAGUAUCAACCAAAGUAUUCUUCACCCUUUUUGCCCUGCUUGGUCUCUUCAUUUGUUUUUUUGGACACAGAUUCUGGAAAACAGAAUUAUUUUUCAUAGGCUUUAUCUUCAUGGGAUUCUUCUUCUAUAUACUGAUUACAAGACUGACACUUCUUACGUAUGAUGUUCGUCUGAUUCUGACAGCCGUCGCUGGAAGCGUUGGUGGGAUUCUCCUGGUAGCUGCUUGGUGGCGAUUUGGAAUCCUCCUGUUCUGCAUGCUGUGUGUUGGAUUAGUGCUGGGCUUCCUCAUCUCCUCAGUGACGUUCUUCACUCCACUGGGAAACCUGAAGAUUUUUCAAGACGAUGGUGUGUUCUGGGUGACCUUCUCUUGUGUAGCUGUUCUCAUUCCAGUAGUUUUCAUGGGCUGCCUAAGAAUACUGAACAUACUGACUUGUGGAUUCAUUGGCUCCUACUCGGUGGUCUUAGCCUCGGACAGUUACUUGUACACAAGCCUUUCUUACAUCACUCUGAAUGUACUCAAGAGAGCACUGAACGUGGAUUUCCACAGAGCUUUCACAAACGUGCCUUUUCAAACUAAUGACUUUAUUAUCCUGGCUGUAUGGGGGAUGCUUGCCGUAAGUGGAAUUACAUUACAGAUUCGAAGAGAAAGAGGGCGCCCGUUUUUUCCUCCCCACCCAUACAAGUUAUGGAAGCGAGAGAGGGAGCGCAGAGUAACGAACGUUCUGGACCCUAGCUACCACAUCCCUCCAUUGAGAGAGCGGCUCUGUGGCCAACUAACCCAGAUCAAAGAACUCUUCCGGAAGGAACAGCCAGCUGGAGAGAGAACACCCCUGCUUCUUUAGAUGCCAAAGGGCUCGGUCAGUGUGAUCUUGAAGUACAACUCAAGCGUUGUCCCAGCUUUGGUGUGUGUGCCCAGCCUGCUUCAGCCAUCUCCAGUGCAAGUCUGAGAAAAAACAGGCUUUUGUAUCUAUCUGUGGUUUGCACAAUAUUGUGGUGUCCUUAUUGAUAUAUUAUCAAAAGGUACCCUUCUUUUGUUUAUUUUUAAUUGUGGUAAAAUUACACAUUUACUGUAUCAAUCAUAAAGUGUAUAGUUCAGUAGGCACUUUGUUUUUGCCUUUUAUUGCUUAAAAUGCUAAUUUAAAUACUAAAUUAUGUCAGUUAUUUGAAAAUAGGUCAACUUAUAUAGAAAAUAAAACUUUGAUAUGUAUACAAUGGCCUCAUUUCUUUUUUUUUUCUUUAAGGGCCUUUUAAAGUAGUGUUGACAUCUGAUUUCCAAUUUAAAGUGCAUUAGAAUUGUUUCUUAGGAAACCAGUUGGCUCCUACCCUAAUCUAUAGUCCCAUUAGUAAGGAAAUCUUUUAAAAUUUGCAUUUUGUAGUUCUGCUAAAUUGGUUGUAAUUAGCAUUGAUGUAAAACACAGGUUUCAAAAAACACGGGUUUUGUAUAAAGACUUUGUACCAUCUGUUUUAGUGAUGAGGAAGGGGGUCAAAAAGGAAUUAGGUGUUUAAAGGAGCUGCUUUGAAUUAGGACCUUGGAUUCUGUAAGGAAAGUCCCAUCAGUUUUGACCCUUUUUCUCCACAAGCAAGCACCUGGAUACCCUGGGCUGCAUACCUACUCCUCAUGGCCUUUUCUCUUAACUGUCAGAGAUGCUUGCUGCCUCUGGUUCUGCUGUGGAUUGUAAGCUGGGGACUCUUGACAUGCCCAAGUCAUAGUGAGGGUGGUUGUGGUUGGUUGCACACACAUUUGUGAAUUAACCGCUAUUUAAACAAUGCUGCUUUUAAGAGUUUUUUCAAAGUACAAUAGAUUUUUGAAGUUUCAGGUAACUGAAAAAUUUUGUUUUUGCAUUUAAAAGUGUUUUUGGAAAGGCUGAAACAAAGUGUAGACAUACAAAACUAAUCAUUUUUCCUUUGCAAAAUUACACAUAGGUGUUUACUAUUCUGUAACUUUAUAUAACUUCAGUAAUACUUAAACUUGAAAUUUUUUUUAAUCACUUUAAGGAUUCUGGCUUCUAUCAUAUCCUUGUACAUUCUAACAAAGUUCUUUGAAAUGUUUGUGAGUUAUUUUCUGUUCCAUCACAGUGUAUUGCUACUGAAGACUGUAAAGACAGAGCACACUUUUUUGGAGGCUUGAGACAAAGUGUUUAAAAAUUUUCAUAAUUUGAGUAAUAGCCAAUUUGUAUAAUUUUUUAAUAAUAAAAACUUUGAAAAAAA